AUGUCCCCCCCGGCCUCGGCGGCCGCCGCCAGCGAAGGAGGCAGCAGCACGCCCGUGCCUCCGGAGGAGGAGGCGGAGGGGGCCCGAGAGGAGCAGCGGCCCGUGAAACAGUCUCUCAGCAAGUCCCUGUGCCGAGAGUCACACUGGAAAUGCCUAUUGUUGUCCCUCCUCAUGUAUGGCUGCAUGGGAGCCAUGACCUGGUGCCAUGUCACCAAGGUGACUCGGCUGACCUUUGACAGUGCUUACAAGGGCAAGUCCAUGAUGUACCAUGACAGCCCCUGUUCCAACGGGUACGUCUACAUCCCCUUAGCCUUCCUGGUGAUGCUCUAUGUGGUGUACUUGGUGGAGUGCUGGCACUGCUACACCCGCAAUGAGCUGCAGUACAAAGUGGAUGUGGAGAGCGUGCAUGAGCGUGUGCAGCGGAUGCAACAAGCAACUCCCUGCAUCUGGUGGAAGGCCAUCAGCUACCACUAUGUCCGCAGGACCCGGCAGGUUACCCGCUACCGCAACGGCGAUGCCUACACCACCACCCAAGUAUAUCACGAGCGGGUCAACACCCACGUGGCAGAGGCCGAGUUUGAUUAUUCCAAUUGUGGAGUUAAAGACAUCUCCAAGGACCUCAUUGACUUGGAGAGCUACCCAGCCACACGGCUCCGCUUCACUAAGUGUUUUAGCUUUGCCAAUGUGGAGUCAGAGAACUCCUACCUGACCCAGCGGGCCCGCUUCUUCACAGAGAAUGAGGGCCUGGAUGACUACAUGGAGGCUAGGGAGGGGAUGCAUCUCAAAAAUGUGGACUUCAAGGAAUACAUGGUGGCCUUUUCUGACCCAGACAACCUGCCUUGGUAUGUAUCCCACUAUGUCUUCUGGGUGGCAGCUCUGCUGACGCUGUCCUGGCCACUGCGGGUGCUAAAUGAAUACCGCACCUCCUAUGUCCAUUACCACGUGGAGAAACUCUUUGGGUUUGACUAUGUGGCAGUGACGCCCGCCGAGGAGCGCACCUUCUGCCGGAGGAUGCCCCGCGUCAACACAGUGGACAGCACGGAGCUGGAGUGGCACAUCCGAUCUAACCAGCAGCUGGUGCCCAGCUACUCGGAGGCAGUCCUGAUGGACUUGGUGGGCCUGUCUGGCUGUACCAGCUACUCUGCUUGCCGGUACGGGGGCUAUCGGCAGAACUGUGAGAGGUGCCACAGGACUAUAAGCAGCUCUUCCAUCUUCUCCCGCAGUGCCCUGAGCAUCUGCAAUGGCAGCCCCAGGAUCCCAUUCAGCAGCAGCCGCUUCUCCCUGGGCCGCUUGUAUGGCUCUCGGCGCAGCUGCCUCUGGCAGAGCCGAAGCGGGAGCCUAAAUGAUCAGAGCUGCCCUACUGAGCAGACCCGUCUGUCCAGCCAGGUGACUGUGGAGGAGGAAGACCCCCCUCCUUACCAGGAUGCCCUCUACUUCCCCAUCCUCAUCGUGCACCGCAAUGAAGGCUGCCUGAACCAUGACCACCGUCACCUCCACCGCAAUGGGUCCUGUGUGGAGACCUCACUGUGA